UGCCCAGGCAUCAUCAUCAGUGAAAAGCGCGAAAGUUGAGCUCGCGCAAUUUCGCGCGGUGCAGACAGGUGGUCCAGCAUGGUGCUGUUUGUGGAGAAAGCGUUAGAACUCGUGAAGGAGCUAAAGCGCUCGCGCGGUUGGCUUCCACCUCUGAAGGAGGAUGCACUGCGGGACUGCCUGGCCGACAUGCAGGCGCUCUUCACGGAGAACCAGAACGACGUGGAGACCCACAUGGAGAACAGACACGCCACGGUGCAUGCGCGGCAUGUCGCGCUGAGUCAGAUCCGGCGCUGCCUGCUCGCCUACCUGUACCAGCGGCUGAUGUCGGCCCGUGACAUGCGCUGGGGUUUCGGCACCGCGCUGGCAGCUGAGCUCAGGGAGAACCUGUCCGAGCAAGAGCAACAAUGGCUGCGACGAUACAACGGCUUGCUCGCCGACUACAUGUCCAGCGUCGGACUGGACCUGAGUCGCUACCGAAGUCCACCCAAGUCGCUGUACGUGCAGGUGCGGUGCAUACGGGACUACGGAGACUUCGAGACGGAGGACGGCACGUGCAUCGUGCUGGCAAGGGACACCACCCACUUCCUCGAGCGCUCCCAGUGCGAGAAGCUCAUCCACCAGGGCAUUGUCGAGCAUGUCACCAGCUGAAAGCCCUUUAUUGGCAGCAAUAGAAUAAAAUAAAAUAAAAAUGGCUUCGUC